ACUACUGAAUCUGAUUACUCAUAUUGCAUCGCAAUUACAUAUCAGUCACAAAUGCACAAGAGAGGGAGAGAGAGAUAGAGUUUGAAGACCUAGGAAAAGCAAUGGCGCUUUCAUUUGCAGUCGGAGCUUACUCAUCUCCGAUAAUGUGCAAAGCCACCAGCGUCAACAACCACUCCUACGCCCAAGACUUAUCGUACAUCCGACGCGCCGCUGAGAUAUCCGACAAGUCGGCGGGGUUCACCUCUCCCCACCCGAAUUUUGGAUGCGUAAUCGCCACAAGGUCAGGAGAGGUGGCCGGGGAAGGUUACCUGUAUGCCCAGGGCACAAAGCCGGCGGAGAUGUUGGCGGUUGAGGCUUCCGGCGAACUGUGCAGAGGCGCCACUGCUUACCUUAACAUGGAGCCUGGAGAUUGCCAUGGGGAUCACACUGCUGUCUCUGCUCUUGUUCAGGCAGGAAUCACAAGAGCUGUUAUUGGAAUCAGGCAUCCUCUGCGGCAUCUGAGAGGCAAUGCAAUACGUGCAUUAAGGAGUCAAGGUUUGCAGGUUGAUGUUCUUGGAGAGGAUAUGCAAAGUAAAAUUGUGGAGGAAACUCAAAAGGCAUGUCUCCUUGUCAAUUUACCUUUGAUUUAUAGAGCUGCUUCUCGUGUUCCAUUUUCUGUUCUUAAGUAUGCCAUGACCCUUGAUGGAAAAAUAGCUGCAAGCAGUGGACAUGCAGCAUGGAUAAGCAGCAAGUUGUCUAGGGAUCGAGUUUUUGAAUUGCGGGGUAGAAGUGAUGCCAUUAUAGUUGGAGGGAAUACUGUGCGUAGGGAUGACCCAAGACUGACUGCAAGACAUGGAGGUGGGCAUAUGCCAAUUCGAAUUGUAAUGUCUCAAACACUUGAUCUUCCUAAGGAAGCAAACCUUUGGGACCUAUCUGAGGUGUCCACGAUAGUUGUAACACAAAGAGGAGCCAGGAGGAGUUUCCAGAGAUUUCUUGCAUCCAAAGGAGUUGAAGUAGUGGAGUUUGACAUCUUAAACCCCAGGGAUGUAAUGGAAUAUUUUCAUGACCGUGGGUACCUCUCCAUUUUAUGGGAAUGUGGAGGGACUCUGGCUGCAUCUGCUAUUUCGUCGGGUGUAAUACACAAGGUUUUUGCAUUUGUUGGUCCUAAAAUUAUUGGUGGGAAGAAUGCUCCUUCUCCUGUGGCUGAACUUGGGAUGGUUGAGAUGUCACAAGCCCUUGAUGUGAUUGAUGUUUGCUUUGAGCAGAUUGGACCCGAUAUGCUUAUCAGUGGAUUUCUUCAACCUAUACCGGAUUUAACACCCACUAUUCCUUCAGAAGAUGAAACCUUUGCAAUUGACCCAACUGUUUCUCCUUUUGAGUCGAGUAUCAUAUUCUUCUAUAAAACAUGGGAUCCUUAUGGUGCUUUCUCAAAUUUUUCUCCUCAUCCAAUUCAAAUGCCUGAUGAAGAUGGUAAUUAUGCCACUUGGUCGAGUGUAGAGCAUUAUUACCAGGCAAACAAGUUCAUUGGAGUCAGCAAUCCGGUAGCACAGGAUUGCAUAGGAAAGAUAAAAUUGGCAAAAAGUCCAGAGGAAGCAGCACGGAUGGGCAGGUUAAUACAGAGGCAACACCCUAAUCUGGUAAGAUCUGAUUGGGAAAGUGUGAAGAUUGAUGUUAUGUACCGGGCAGUGAAAUGCAAGUUCUCGAUAUAUCCUCACUUGAAUUCCAUGCUGCUGUCGACUGCUGGGUCGGUUCUAGUUGAAGCUUCACCUCAUGAUCUUUUCUGGGGUGGUGGCCGUGAAGGUGAAGGCCUGAAUUAUCUAGGCAGGCUGCUGAUGCAAUUAAGGUCGGAGUUUCUUGGUGAAUCAUCUGCUGCAAGUGAAAACAACUGCUCGGCUGUAUGAUAUUAAUGCUGCAAAAUUUACACCAAUAGGUUAUAGACCCACCUAGGUUUGAUUUCACUGUUGUAACAUUUCUGUAGUAUUAGCAUUAUGCAACAAUGUUCACAUUUUCCUAUUUUGAGAAAAAUUGUUUUGGCUGAAAUACAGAGUAAGGCUCUAUAUUUUAAUUAGUUGUAUCAUAUGAAUCCAUAAUCUUUUAUAGCAAUCAUUUGAGCCCUUUUUAAUUAUUUACAAUUUAAUUGAGGUUUUAUUUGUAUGAAAAUGUUAAUUUCUUUUGCCAAUUAGUGUAGAGUUAAUAUAUGAUGGGAAAUGAAUAUUGUUAUAUGGCAUAUUUUUUUUAAUUACAGGCUAAAUGUUGUGGACCAGGUUUUAUUGGGUUUGAAAUCAUGAACCUAGUUUUAUUUAUGGUAAGCUAUUUCGUGUAUGGACCUCUUUAUGCUCUUUUUUUAUUCCAGAUUGCUAGUUGCUGUUAGGAAAAUGGAGAAAGAGUGAAAGGCUGAGAGUGCUGCAAGUCCGAGAACUUGAGAAUGUAGUCAUAAUUGUUGCUCCAGCAUAAAGAGAAGCUGGGGGGUACUUGUGUAGGUCAUUCAAUUAAGCAAAUACCAAAGU